AAGUUCAGCGGCGACGUGUACUUCCACCACCUCCACAAAGACCAGCAUGUCUCAAUCCUCGAUGUCAAGUUUUCACCCUGUGCCCGCACAGACUGGCAUUGGCACGAAAAGGGCCAGCUGCUCGAAGUAACCACCGGCUCUGGGUGGGUAUGCGACAAAGGAGAGGAGCCCCGGAGAAUCAAAGCGGGCGACAUUGUUUGGUGUCCCCCUGGGGUUGCCCAUUGGCACGGUUCAGAUGACAGCAGUUUGAUGAUCCAUCGUGCAGUUUCAUUUGGUGGUAUGGAAUGGUACGAUCCAGUCUCUGCGGAGGAUUUGAAGGGUACCCAUUAA